AGCACCAUUCCUCAUGGGUGACUGUACCAUGUGACUGGAGGAGGAGGGCUGGCUUUAAAAAGCAGGCAGGGCCGUCCCGCGGAGACAUAGGUAAUCACAGGGCACCAGGAGAGGAGGAGGAGACAAGGGCUGUCAGGACACAGCACCCAACAACGUUCCGACUGACAGCUCUGUGAAAGACGCCGCAAAACACAGCACCCAACACCAACCUGACAGGCAGCCCCGCAGAACAAGCCACGGAUCGACAGCAAAGGAGGUCCUGGCACCGCAACGGCAACUUUGCGAACACUCCAGCAACUACUAAGUAGUCAGUGGCUACAGAGAAACUACAACAACAACUUUCACCAUAGCUCCACGGCCAGCCAGUGAUGAUGAUCUGCAGAAACCUGGCAGGGUCAGAGGAGUUCUCUGAGGAGGAGCUGGAGCUGCGCAUGCUGGAUCAGGGGGAGGAUGACGAAGGGAGCGACGGAAACCCCAAGGGCCCCUUCCAGAACAGUGAGGGUUCAGCCAGCAGCCCCCCCAGCGACGAUCCUGAGGAGGGCCAGGCCAAGAAGCGCAGCCGCCCAGUCCGCUCCAAGGCCCGCCGUGUGGCUGCCAACGUCCGUGAGCGCAAACGCAUCCUGGACUACAACCAGGCCUUCAACGCUCUACGUGUGGCUCUCAAACACGACCUUAGCGGCAAGAGGCUCUCCAAGAUUUCCACCCUGCAGAGGGCCAUCAACCGCAUCUCAGCCCUGUCUGUCUUCCUCAGCUCCAACCCCCCCAGUAAGCCCUGCUCCCACCGGGAGUGCCACAGGCCGGCUGGGGGGCCAUUGGCGGUGGGAAUGGUGAGGACGUCACGGCUGGACCCGCCCAGGGUGACAGUCGCUCCUCGCCAGGAGCCCCAAAGCUACAUCUCCUGGCACCAGGCAUCACUUCCCCACCAGAUAGAGCCCCAGCAGGGCACCCAUCCUCACAGGCUGCCAACAGAGACACACCUCUUCAUGGACAGCAUGGGCUCCUCGUGCCCACCCUCACCACACUACCCCUGCUACUCUGCCGAGGGCCAGUUGUACCCCUUACACGGACACUGUGGGAAAGGGAACCCCUUGGAGCAGCCGCCCAGCUCUAUCAGGUACACCCAGGUGGGCGAGGGGCUGGGGUACCAGACGGGGGUGUGGGCCUCCUGCGCUCAGGGCUACAUGGACGCGUUUGUGGAGCCAUCUCCAGCCUUGGGCCUCCCCUGGCAGGUGAGCUACCUCCAGGAGACAGCAGGCCCCCAGCACAACCUGUCCCUGCUCUGA